CUGUCAUCGUCUCGCGCAGAGGAUAGGGUGGUGUUGGACGUGGCAGAAAAAGGAUUUGGUUGGAUAUAACACCAAAACAAGAUGGCGGGUGGUGCGGGCUCCAUGCGUAUCCUAAUUAAGGGGGGUAAGGUGGUGAAUGACGACUUCACCCAGGAGGCCGACGUCUACAUUGAGAACGGGGUCAUCCAGCAGGUUGGCAAGGAGCUGAUGAUUCCGGGCGGUGCCAAGGUGAUCGACGCCUCGGGGAAGUUGGUGAUGCCCGGCGGCAUCGACGCCAGCGUUCACCUGCAGGAGAACUUCAUGAAGGCCGCCAUACAGGACGACUUCUACAGCGGCACCAAGGCUGCUUUGCUGGGUGGUACCACCAUGGUGAUUGGUCACGUGUUGCCAGAGAGGGACUCGUCUCUGCUGGACGCGUAUGAGCGCUGCCGCUCCCUAGCGGACACCAAGGCCUGCUGCGACUACGCCCUGCACAUGGGCGUCACCUGGUGGGGAGUCAAGGUGCGGAAUGAGAUGGAGUCUCUGGUGCGCGAGCGUGGUGUCAACUCCUUCCAGAUGUUCAUGGCCUACAAGGACACGCUCAUGCUGCGCGACAAUGAGCUCUUCCAGGCCCUGCAGACCUGCAAGGACAUCGGGGCCAUCCCGCGCAUACACGCCGAGAACGGGGAACUCGUGGUGGAGGGGGCGAAGGAGGCUCUUGAUUUGGGGAUCAGUGGACCGGAAGGAAUUGAGAUCAGUCGCCCAGAGGAGCUGGAGGCCGAAGCGACACACAGAGCCAUCACCAUUGCCAACAGAGCCCACUGUCCAGUCUACCUGGUGAACGUGUCCAGCAUGACUGCCGGGGAUGUGAUCGCUGCUGCCAAGAUGCAAGGUAAGGUGGUCCAUGCUGAGACUACUGUAGCCCAUGCGGUGCUGAAUGGCAUGCACUACUACCACCAGGACUGGGCACAUGCCGCCGCCCACGUCAUGGCUCCGCCCCUCCGCCUCGACCCCAACACCCCCAACUACCUCAUGGGCCUACUGGGCAGUGACACUGUGAACGUGGUGGCGUCUGACCACCGUCCCUUCAGCACCAAGCAGAAGGCCAUGGGCCGCGACGACUUCACCAAGAUCCCCCACGGGGUGGCGGGCGUGCAGGACCGCAUGAGCGUCAUGUGGGAGAGAGGAGUGGUGGGUGGCAAGAUGGACGAGAACCGCUUUGUGGCGGUGACCAGCUCCAACGCUGCUAAGAUCUACAACCUGUACCCCCGCAAGGGCCGCAUCAUCCCCGGGGCCGACGCUGAUGUCAUCGUCUGGGACCCCGACGCCACCAAGACCAUCUCGGUGAGCUCCCAGGUGCAGGGCGGCGACUUCAACCUGUAUGAGAACCUGCGUUGCCAUGGCGUCCCCCUGGUGACCAUCAGCCGCGGCCGCCUGGUGUGUGAGAACGGAGUCUUCAUGUGCGCUGAGGGCUCCGGGAAGUUCUACCCCAUGCGGACGUUUCCCGACUUCCUCUACAAGAAGAUGGUGCAGAGGGAGAAGUGUCAGACGGUGAGGGGCGUGGACCGGGCCCCUUACUCGGGAGACGUUGCCGCGGUGAGCAACUCCACCAAGAAGGUGGAGCUGUGUCUGCCCGACGGAGACGAGCCCCCGGCGCGCCAGGGAGGAGGGGGAGGAGUCACCCGCCACGGGGGCAUGCGGGACCUGCACGAGUCCAGCUUUAGCCUCUCAGGCGCUCAGGUGGACGACCACCUUCCCAAGAGGUCCUCUGCCCGUAUCCUGGCUCCGCCCGGAGGCCGCUCCAGUGGCAUCUGGUAACCAUGGAGACAGCAUCCAGCAUCCGGCUCUUCUGACCCUCCGCUCCGCACACUUUUUUGUUGUUGUUGUUGUUGUUGUUGAUGAUUUUGUUUUAUUUUAUUUGUGUGUAUAUAACUCUUUAUCACUACCCAAGGAAA